CGAGAAGCUGCUGCCCUGCCGGUAUCUUAUGGCACUGCUACUUUGGCCCUGGAGCGUCGGGCCCGUACCCAGCCUGGUUUAAAGUAGAAGAAACAGAAGCAGAGAGAGCAGCUUGCCCACAGAAGGGAUCCAUGUGGUUCUAUAGCCCCUGUGCCCACUGUGCCCACUACUGUGCUUAGACAGGAGGCAAAGUGGUCCGGAACCGAACUGACAAUAUCUCUGAGGUCUGCCUGUACUCCUCAUGAUGACACUCAUAAGCUAAGUACUGUUAUUCCCCUUUUAGAGGAGAAGCUGAGAGGUUGAGCGAUAGAGCCACUCGUGGCCGAGCCAGGAGUUCACAACCCAUAGGUGAUGCUCUUCUCUCCAGGUCAGGCUGCCUCAGGGCUUUCUGCACUUCCUCUCCCUCGGGUCUCUGCUCCUUGUUUGCUGUGGGGGUCUGGAUGCUUUGUCACAUGUCACAUGUGAGUGAACCUGGCUCAGCCCACGACCAGGCAAACAGAAGCAGCAGCCUCUGACAGGGUUGUGAGCAAAUACUCCAAGCCGGGUCUGGCCGACUGGGGGAGCUGCGCUGUACUUUGCCCUCUUGGAUCGGCUCCAUGGAGGCCAUGGCAAAGGUAGCUGACAGGCUGUAGAUCUGAGGGCUAGGUAGGUCUUGGUAGAUGUGGCACCUGGACUUUGACAGCGUCCAGGAGGAGAGCAGACACUCCUGGAGCUGCGCUGAGGGAAGGUGGUGGAGAGCCGUCAGAGCAGGAAGAUAAAAUAACUACACAACUGACUCAAAACACGAGAGAAAUUCAGAAGGUCAGGGAUGGAGCCUUGGGUUCCCCAGUGGCCGCCUCAGCCAGCAGGGAGGCCCCCAGCACCAUCAAGGGAUCCAGACCUAGGGCUUCAGAGAGAUAGAUACUAUCGGCCUAUUCGUCACUCUUGGCACAAUGGAGAGAGGGUCCAUCAAAGACAAGACAUGGGCAGGAGCCCCCAACCACAGCAGGAUCCUGGGGCAGACCACCAGCAGCCUCAUUAUGCGUCCAGGCCUGGGGAAUGGCAUCAGCCUGUGUCCAGGGUUGACUAUUAUAAAGGUGGUUAUCCCAGUCAGUUGUAUUCAAGGCCGGGCAUUGAGGAGCUAUAUCAAAGCUAUCGCUCUCCAGCCCUAAGGGAAGAAUAUGCUUAUGGAAGUUAUUACUACCGUGGACACCCGCAGCAGCUGCGGGAAGAAAGAGUGCCAAGGCAAGGGAGUCCUUAUAACUGGCAUGAAGAUUAUCGAGAUCAAAAGUACCUGAAUGAACACCAACAUGAAAACCAGAAUAGUCCGUUUGGAACAAAUAGUGAGACCCAGCUCCAAUCUAAGCGUUGGAACCCUUAUAAAGACAAUCCUGCUUCUAACUCUGGACAGGAGAGACCUGGGGACUUACUUCUGGAGAGUCCGCUAACUGGGGCCCAGAAAAACAAGCCAUCACUGACCGAGGAGUCCAACCUUCUCCAGCAGCACGAGUCUGGUCUCACCUCCAGCAGCUAUGAGCUCAGUCAGUAUAUGGCAGAUGCCCCUGAGCUGUACGACCCCAUGGCUGCAGCGGCUUGGCGUCCAAUUCAGGCUGAGGACAUCUCGGCAGCUGGUCCCAAGACACCCAUGAAGUUCUACAUCCCUCACGUGCCUGUGAGUUUUGGGCCAGGAGGUCAGCUGGUGUGCGUGGGUCCCAGAUCUCCCAGUGAUGGACAGACGGCCCUUGUUGAACUGCACAGCGUGGAGGUUAUUCUUAAUGAUUCUGAGGAACAAGAAAAGAUGAGGACUUUCUCAGGACCCCUGAUUAGGGAAGAUGUACACAAGGUGGACAUUGUGACGUUUUGCCAGCAGAAAGCAGCGCAGAGUCGCAAAUCUGAGACACCGGGGAGCAGAGACUCGGCUCUACUGUGGCAACUGUUGGUUCUCCUUUGUCGGCAGAACGGGUCCGUGGUGGGGUCUGACAUCGCGGAGCUGCUGAUGCAGGACUGCAAGAAGCUGGAGAAGUACAAGCGGCAGCCGCCUGUGGCCAACCUCAUCAACCUGACGGAUGAGGACCGGCCAGUACUGAGCUUGGGGACCCGGAACUUGCUCACUGGGGAGAUUCCCCCCAGCGUGGAGACGCCUGCACAGAUCGUGGAGAAAUUCACUAAGUUGCUCUACUAUGGAAGGAAAAAGGAGGCCUUGGAGUGGGCCAUGAAGAACCAUUUGUGGGGUCACGCUUUGUUCCUCGCCAGCAAGAUGGACCCAAGGACCUACAGCUGGGUCAUGAGUGGCUUCACCAGCACGCUGGCGCUCAACGACCCCCUGCAGACCCUCUUCCAGCUCAUGUCGGGGAGGAUCCCACAGGCAGCCACGUGUUGUGGGGACGAGCAGUGGGGAGACUGGAGGCCGCACUUGGCUGUAAUUCUGUCGAAUCAAGGUGGGGACCCGGAGCUGUAUCAGCGCACGAUUGUCACCAUGGGGGACACCCUGGCUGGGAAGGGGCUGGUGGAAGCAGCUCACUUCUGCUACCUCAUGGCUCACGUGCCCUUCGGCUCCUACACCGUGAAGACAGACCACCUGGCCUUGCUGGGCAGUAGCCACAGUCAAGAGUUUUUGAAAUUUGCAACAACUGAGGCUAUCCAGAGGACGGAAAUCUUCGAGUACUGUCAGAUGCUGGGCCGCCCCAAAUCCUUCAUCCCUUCUUUCCAGGUGUAUAAGCUCCUUUAUGCUUCCCGUCUGGCAGAUUACGGCCUUGCGUCCCAGGCCUUGCAUUACUGCGAAGCCAUUGGCACAGCCCUCCUGAGCCAGAGAGAGAACAGUCACCCUGUGCUAUUAGUGGAACUCAUCAAGCUUGCAGAGAGACUGAAGCUGUCAGAUCCUCUGGUUUUAGAACGCCACCGCCGUCACCGAGGAGACAGGGACCUGGAGCCAGACUGGCUGGUACAUCUUCGGGGGCACCACAAGGAGCUGCAGCAAAAGGCAGCAGGAGACAUUGGGGAUCCUCGCUCUGCUCACUCGGAUAUUUUGGGAGCCAGAAAAACAACAGACGACACUUUCUACCAGGAUCUUUCUGGACAUCAAGGCAACUCAGAAGCCCUUGGGGACUGCUCAGCCCUGUGGCCAACACUGGAGCCGAUGGGCCCGGCCCAUCCCAGCCCACAGCAGCCCCUUCCCCUCCAGCCCAGCUCCUACCCAGCAGGAGGAGGUUCUGGGCAGACGGGGGUCCCGGUGCCUCUUUACUCAGUUCCUGAGACCCAUCUGCCAGGGACCGGUGGCAGCGUGGCAGUGACAGGGACUCCUGGAGGAAGGGCCUGGGAGGAAGCCCAGCAGAUGCACCCGCCCCCUGGAGAGAACACAGUGUCUCCAGAAACCUUCCAGCAUCCUGAUGGGCAGAAGGUUGUUUCCAAACCGCAGGUGCCACUGAUUUCCAGAGCACGAAAUAUUUCUGAGAGUUCCACUGUAUCAGUCAAGGAGGAUGAGGAGGAGUCCUCCGAUGAGGCAGAUAAGAAGUCUUCCGAAAACACCGCCCAGAGAGAAAAGCUCGGAGAUGCGAAGGAGAGUACAAAGAGUUCGGGGUUUGGCUGGCUCAGCUGGUUUCGCCCAAAGCCUGCCAGAGACGCGCCCCCCCCUGGAGACAAAGACGCAUCUGACAGUCCUGACUCUGAGGAAGACCCCCGAGCAUCUUCUCCUCCCCAGCCCAGCCCGGGCCUCUCGCCUACGCCGCCCCCAGCUCCCCAGCCUCUGCCGGAUGCCGGCGCCUCCUCCAGGGACACAGGCGGGAGCGACGCCCGAGGAUCAGCGUCCGGGGCCGGGAGAGCCGAGGGCACGGGGAGUGGAGGCUUGUCGGGACCUGAGGAUGUUUCCUCUGGGCUCUACUUCAACCCUGGUGUUCUGCUUCCCCCACCCCCCUUGAAAGGGGCUGUCCCUCUCUACAACCCAUCCCAGAUCCCCCAGCUCUCCAUGGCUACCAGCCUGAACCGGCCAAAUCGCCUAGCUCAGCGCCGCUAUCCAACCCAGCCAUGAUGAAAAGGACCAACCAUCCCAGGCUGGUCUCCCUGAAGCACAACUUUUAUGGUGUUCUCGUUUCUUAAUCUCCCAGCCCCUUUGCCACAUCGGGGCCCCCAAGAGGGUUGUGCUAGCCUGUUGCCUCCAUGGGGCAUAGAGAACGCAAGGGGACAGGGUCUCCCAGGACAUAGCUCAGUUCAAUCUCUUAAGAUUAGCUUCAGAAUGAUGGUGCAAAUGACUUCAUCAGAUGGAAAAGCUGGGCAUAACAGCAGACUGGAGGUGAGAAGAAUGCUGUGACGGCAGCACUUAGAAUGUGGCUUGAGAUCCUCGGGAAAGUCAGGGCCUAAGAAUCCCACUGCUGGAAUCAAUGAUGACACCACUGGCCUCAGCAGCAGGAAAUUAUUGGGGGAGACGCACUCAGAGCAAUAUUCUAGACUAACUUUGACUUCUUCCUCAGCCUUAGUUACAGACCAAUUCAUGGCUCUAGUUAGCAAAAGAGUUCUGAAUCUCGGAAACUUAUCAUUGUUUCCCAUCAUCAUUCCCUCUUGGGUGACAUUUUGGCAGUUUCCCUCUUGGUUUUAGUUUUGUGCACAUUUUUUAUGUGGUUCAGAUUAAUUAUAUUUCUCUCACUUUCUUAGCUGGUCCUAUUUUUCCACAUUCUGGCAUCUGGCUAUCAAGUUAGAUUGCCAUAGGCAUCAUAUUGUCAUGGUAACUACUGAACCUAAUGAUGCAGAUGGAUGGAACAUCAGUGUAAUAAAGGAUGGAAAAUGUUCCCUAAAAAUGCACUCCUUCCAUAAGAGAGGAGGAAUGAGUGCCUGAGUUUGUUAAUACCUCCCUUCCUCCCUCGGGCCUUUGCAAAUUGAUGUUCGGAGGGUCAGAGGAGCCAGAGGGAGGAGGGGCACAUCUUGGAAAUUUCCAUUUCUCCUUUCAAACCCCCAAUAGGAGUAACUCUUGCUGUUUGUCAGAUUUGCUGAAAAUUGUUCCUCACAAAGAACAUUUUUUGUAUGUGUAAUUGUACAUACAGGUUUUGUACUUUAAUGUAAUAUGGUUCUGAUGUUGAUAGUGAUUAAACCAGAUAAUUUUAUAGCAGA